AGGGGUGAUUCGGAACAAAACAGCCUCAGAGAGAAGGAAUAAGAAUGUGGACCCAAAAUCUUUGUUGGGUUCGCUUUUUUAUUGCCGCUUUGUGGACACUGCAAAUGGUAACUGCUCAGUGUCCCGAACGCUGUCUGUGUUUUAGGACCACAGUCCGAUGCAUGUUUUUGCAACUGGACAAAGUGCCAAGGGUACCCCCUGAGACAACUAUUCUAGAUCUGAGGUUCAACAAAAUAAGAGAAGUUAAAAGAGAUUCGUUUAAAAAUUUGAAGAAACUCAACACAAUCUUGUUGAACAACAACCACAUUACUAAAAUUGAAGAUGAAGCAUUUCGUGGACUGGGAGAAUUACGAUACCUGUAUCUUUACAAGAACAGAAUUAAAACUAUUGCUGGCACUGCAUUUAAAGGUCUUAAAAAGGUGGAACAAUUAUACAUUCAUUUCAACAAAAUUGAAAAAUUUGAACCUGAGACAUUUUCCGAUUUGCCUGCACUGGAAAGAUUAUUUUUACAUAACAAUAAGCUUUCAAAAAUUCCAUAUGGAGCUUUUAAGAAGUUGAAAUCACUAAGAAGAUUGAGGCUGGAUUCAAAUGCACUGAUUUGUGAUUGUGAGAUGAUGUGGCUUGCUGACAUGUUGAAAGAAAAUCAUGCAUCCACUCAAGCUGCAGUGACUUGUGAAUACCCAAAUACCAUGCGUGGAAAACCGUUAGCUGCUCUGAGUUCUAAUGAUUUUCAUUGUGAAAGGCCGAAACUAACUGAAGAGCCCAACGAUGUAGAUGUAUCUUUUGGUGGCACUGCAUAUUUUAGUUGCAAGGCUGAUGGGGAUCCCAAACCAGAUAUAGUGUGGUUACAUAACAGUAAUGAAAUACUGCCAGAACAAGAAGAACGCUAUAGUAUUCUCUCUGAUGGCACCCUGAUGAUAACGGAAACCCAAGAUUUAGAUGCUGGAGUGUAUGAGUGCAUGGCAAAAAAUCCAGCUGGAGAAAUCAAAUCUAGGCCAGCCAAGAUGCAUUAUCUUUCUUCGAAAGAAAACAAAAUUAAUGGGUUUCUGAAGUUCACAGAACAGCCAAAGGAUAAAACUGUACUGGUUGGGUCAACCAUUGUACUUCCAUGCAGUGUGGCCGGCAAUUCUAAGGCGACCAUAAACUGGACUCAGAAUGGAAUAGCUUUGCCUCAAAUCUUUCGCUACUAUAUUUCUUCCUCUGGUACGUUGACCAUCAAAAAUGUGCAAAGAAAUGAUGCUGGCACCUACCAAUGCAUUGCUACAUAUGAUGGGUCUAGCAUUGCAGCAUCUUCAAAGCUUAUAGUUGAAGCACCUCCUGUUUUCCUGGAGAGGCCCAGGGAUCAAGAAGCCAUUGAAGGGAAUCUGGUCGAACUCCUGUGUCAAGUCGAAGGGGCGCCCUCUCCAUUGUUGUCAUGGUCCAGAGCUGGAAUCCCUCUGAGAACAACUGACAGACUGUCUAUUUUGAAAAAUGCAACCAUUCUUCGUAUUGAGAAAGUUAAUAAAUUGGAUGAAGGUACUUAUGUUUGUCAUGCUGAAAAUGCUAUUGGUCAGAGGAACUCUAGUGCAUUGCUUGUUAUCAGAGAAAAAGUUCCUCCAGUUUUCUCUCGUAUACCAGAAGACCGCAGCAUUCAUGUAGGGGCAAGUAUCGAGUUGCCCUGCCAUGCUAGUGGCCAGCCCUUACCGGUCAUCAAGUGGAGAAAGGAUGGUACCCCUCUCAAUGCCGAGUCUGAUCACCACCGGAUAAGCAGCCAUGGUGACUUGUAUUUGUUCAAUAUCAGAAAAGCAGAUGAUGGUAUUUAUGAGUGCAUUGCAGAAAAUGACGUGGGAUCUGCAUUCGUGUCUAUGAUUCUGACAGUUGCAGAUGAACCUCUUUCCAGAAGACCAGGGGACAGAUAUUUCAUUUCAUCUUUUGAUGAAGCUCGUCAUGAAAUUGACAAAGCUUUGAAUAAGACAAUUUAUGAGUUGUUUGAAGAUGGUCACAAGAAGACACCAGGGGAAUUGCUUCAGGCUUUCCGCUUCCCCACUAGUGAAGCUCGAGAAAUUGGUAGAGCAGCAGAAAUUUAUGAAAGAACUUUGGAAUUGGUAUGGAAUCAUGUGCAGAAUGGAGCCCAAUAUAAUUUAUCGGAAUUCUCAUAUCUUGACGUGUUGUCUCCACAAAAGUUGCAACUGCUGUCCAACUUAUCUGGAUGUCUUGUUCAUCUUCAGCAACCCAGUUGCUCUGACAUGUGCUUCCACCGAAAGUAUCGCAGUUAUGAUGGCUCUUGUAACAAUUUUAACAACCCCAGAUGGGGAUCUUCUUUAACUCCAUUUGUCCGACUGCUUCCCGCACAGUAUGAGAAUGGAUUCAACUCUCCAAUCGGAUGGUCUAGGACUCGGCUAUACAAUGGGUUUCCCAAACCUAGUUCCCGUCUGCUAUCAACGAGGAUUGUAUCUGCAGAUUCUGUUUCACAAGACAGUGAAUUUACUCAUAUGUUAAUGCAGUGGGGACAAUUCUUGGACCAUGAUCUGGACUUUUCCAUGCCAUCUAUCAGCCGUGCACAAUUUGUAGAUGGAAUAGACUGUGCCACGUCCUGUGAAACGGCCACCCCUUGUUUUCCAAUCGAAAUUCCACCAGACGACAGACGGAUAACUGCUCACAGAUGUAUGGAGUUUGUUCGAUCCAGUGCCGUCUGUGGAUCUGGCCUGACGUCUGUGUUCUUCAAUGCUAUUCAACCCAGGGAGCAGGUCAACCAGCUUACAGCUUUCAUUGAUGCUUCAAAUGUUUAUGGUAACAAUGAACGCCUGGCUCUGCAUCUGAGGGAAAUGAGCAGUCAAAGAGGACUUUUGCGGUCUGGAGUUCUGAUGCAUACUGGAAAGCCUUUAUUGCCUUUUAACGACGGACAACCCAUCGACUGCAAAAGAGAUUUUGCCGAGAGCAAUGUUGAUUGCUUUUUGGCAGGAGAUGUACGGGCAAACGAGCAGCUCGGUCUGCUUGCCAUGCACACACUUUGGAUGAGAGAGCAUAAUCGUAUUGCCAGAGAGUUGUUUCGUUACAAUCCUCACUGGGACAACAAUAAAAUUUAUCAUGAAGCAAGGAAGAUAGUGGGAGCCGUCAUGCAACACAUAACUUAUGCGCAUUGGCUGCCUAAAAUUCUGGGUAAAAGUGGGUAUUCUAGGCUUGGUCCUUAUAAAGGAUACGAUCCUGGUGUGAAUCCUUCAAUUUCAAAUGUAUUUGCCACAGCUGCUCUCAGAUUUGGGCAUACAUUGAUAAAUCCACUCCUUAUGAGAUUGAAUGAAACUUUUCAGCCUAUUCUUCAGGGAAAUGUUCCAUUACGCAAGGCAUUUUUCUCUCCUUUCCGACUCCUGGAAGAAGGAGGGAUUGACCCAUUGAUGAGAGGACUGAUUUUUGCUCCAGCAAAGUUGAAAAAACCAGAUCAGCUUUUGAAUUCAGAUUUAACUGAACAUUUAUUUACUCCUGCACAUUUGGUGGCACAAGACCUGGCAGCUUUGAACAUUCAGAGAGGACGAGAUCAUGGUUUACCAUCCUAUAAUGAGUGGAGAAAAUUUUGCAAUUUUUCUUCAGCUUCAACAUUCAGAGAUUUUGAAAAGGAAAUUCAAGACCAAGAAUUGCUGAAAAAACUUGAAACUUUAUAUGGGCAUCCAGAUAAUGUUGACCUCUGGGUUGGAGGAAUCAGCGAGGAGGUAAAGGAAGGUGCGAAAGUGGGGCCUACCUUACUUUGUCUACUCAUAGAUCAGUUCAGACGUGUCAGAGAUGGAGAUAGGUUCUGGUAUGAAAAUGAAGGCAUUUUCACUCCAGAUCAACUUGUUCAAAUUAAACAAAGUUCCUUAGCUAGAGUUUUAUGUGACAAUGGGGACAAUAUCACAUUGGUAACAAGAGAUGUGUUUGCUGUGCCUAAAGUGCAAGUGCCAAAUUUUGUUGACUGCUCUACAGUACCGCAAAUUGAGCUCAGUGUAUGGACUGAGUGCUGUGAAGAAUGCCAAGCUCCAGAGAGUAACAGUGUCAACAGCCACUUGAAUUCUCGCACCCGAAGGUCUUUCAUCGAGCGAUUGGAUCACCCUACCAAGGAUUGGGAAUCCCUUCAAGAUGCCCCAGCUCUGAACAAUACCCCAACAGCAUGGGAAGAGCAAGAUUUUGAUGUGAUGGAACAGAGAAUAGAAGGAAUUGAAGAGCUAAUUGGGAAAUUGGAGAAAACUGUCCAGCGGUUAGGAAGAAAAGUAAGGAAAUUAGAGGCUGAAUGCAGAGCUCAAAAUGAAGGAGCGUGUUUUGAUUCCGAUAGAAUAAAGAGGAAUUCUGGCGAGACAUGGAAGCCAGAUAAAUGCACCAAAUGUCAUUGUGAGAACACCCAGACAACGUGUUGGACUGAAACAUGCAAACCUAGUCCAUGUAAAAAUCCUAGAAUUUUAGAAGAUACCUGUUGUCCAGUUUGUUGAAUAUGUUUGUCAUAGCUGUACUACUGCCAGUAUUUGUUGUGUGAUAUUUAGAUUUUGUACAUAAGAAAAUGCCUUAGUUUCAUAAGUGCUUUCUGACUAACAUUAAGCUAACUUAUUAAGUGUGCUUGUUCUCACAGUUUUCUUUAAUUUAUUUUUUCAUUUAACAAAAAUGAAAAAUAAUUAUUUGUUGCAUUGGAAAAAUAUGUACGGCAGAUUUUUUCUUUUUUUAAAUUUUAAGUAUUUAUAUAGUGUUAAUUUAAAUUUGAUUGUGAAAAAUAUUUAUGUAUGAAGCUAUAUCAUUCAAUCAAAAGAAUGAUCUAUAUUUUUGUAGACUCUCAAGUCUAAUACAGUAUUAAACAGUGCACUUAAAAUUUAGUUUAAAAAUAUUUCAUAUUUUUUUAAUUAAACUCAAACCUGAUAGAAUUAUUAAAGUUUACCUUUGGAGGGUCCAAAAUUACAUUUUUGGGGAGUUGGGUGGAUUAACAUUGUAGUACGUUCAGUAAAUUACCGCCCAUUAGCCAGGUAUUGGCGGUGUAUUUCACAUAUUGUAGUACUUGUUAAGUUACAUGCAUUCAUUUAGAGAAUUGGCAAGGAAUGAGAUAGACCAGGGGUCUCCCAACCUUUUUAGCUUGCGGCCCACAUUGCAAAUUUUUGGAGGUCAGGCGGAUCGGUCCAACAAACUUUUAGCUCAGAUGGUCUAUUUAGCGCCAGCCCCUCCCCCACCUCACCAUGCAUCGCGAAUAUAUACAUAGUAUAUGUAUUUUAUUUAAGCCCUCGGGUGGUUUUCGAAAAUUUCUGGGCUUGCUUCUGAGUUAUAUUUGCUGUUAGCUAAAUUAAAUUUAUAUUUUCAGUUCCCAUAAAGCUCUUAUAAUAAAGAAAAAAUAGGGAAUCUUGUAAAAUUUAGAAUAGUUCAGAAAACUGAAAUAAAAAGUAUUCUUUGUCACAAAAUGAUUUUUUUUUUAAGGCUAAUGAGUGAUUGAUACAAGACAAAACUAUUGCAAUGUACUACAAAUUUAUUUCAUUGAAUUAAUGAUGAUUAAAAGCAUGGAAAUAAAUGAGAACACAACAUGUGUAAAGCUUCUAAAAAAAUUUCAAAAGAUGAAAGAUUAAUGAGAAGAUUGCAUUUGUUUACCACUUAAAAUUUCACUAGAUUCAGGGAUAAACUUCGUACAUCCAAUACCAACCAUUAAAAGGGAUUUUAAACGUUCGUCUGAUAAAGAUCUAUACUUAGAUUUAAUGUACUUCAAUUUUGAAAAUGUCUGUUCACACUUGUUACUGGAUGCAGAAAGAGAAAACAUCGCUCUAGCAUGAUUUUUUAAGUUCUUAAAGUCUUUUUCUGGUAGAGAACUGUAAAAUGGAAGUAGGUAAAAUUUAGAAAAAAGAGCCAAACUGCUUCGUGGUAUUAGCAAAAAAAAAAAAAAGCCAGACUUAGCAAAAAUUGUGCUCUCUUCUAGGUAGAAUUCUUAACAGGUUGGGAAUCCACUUUCCCAUAUUUCUUAGCUAAAUAAGGAGUCACAAGUGCUAUAGUGAUGUGGACCGGGUAAAUAACCAGCGGGUAGGUAAAUAUUUUUUGGGUAUUUACCCAAGGCCUGGGUAAAUAACCUAAAACUGGGUAUUUUACAAAAAAAAAAAGUGAAUGGGAAAUUUUUUUUAAAAAAAUUUAAAUAUGAAAUAAUUGGUAAAUUUGAUACAUAUGUAUUAAUAUUUUUUAUUGAAAGACUUGAUAAAAAUAUGAAAGAAACAUAUCGUGUGAACCAAAGAAGCUUUCUUUUCAAUGUCAUAAUUGGAGAAGUAUAAUCAAUUCAAUGAUGAACUUCAGAAUUUCAAAAUCACAAUCUAGGUUAGUCAUAUCCAAAAUGAAAGAAAAAGAAGCAUGAGGGUGUUUGGAAGAAUAAACUGACAAAUGUGUGUAUAUAUACAGUAAAACUCCUCCUAACAGACACCCCUCUUAUACGGAAUUUUUUUAAUUCCCCGAUUCCAAUGCAAAUAACAUUAAACCCCUGUCCUGC